CCAAAAUUAGAAGUCAGUUGCACUAUGUCUGUGAGUACGGUACGUAUCUGUAAAGGGCAACGUCUUCGGCCUUGAUCGAACUCUGCUUAUUGUGAGCCUUAAGUGACGAUCCUUCUUGUUCUUGUAUUUUUUAACACAUAUGUCUAACGUUUCCAUUUAGAAAUAUUAUUUUCUAACAAAUGACUUUCUCUGAACAGUAAUGCACGUGAUCUGAAAUGUCGACAUACAGUAUGAUCUGAAUUGUUGCAACACUAGGAUGCCGCUGACAAUGCAUCUAAUGCUGCCAGUCAGCGGCAACAGAGCUACACAGUGGUGCUUGGUCAACAUUAGUCACCAGCGUCCACUUCCCCACUUGCAGAUAAUUGUCCAAAUUGAUGGUAAAUACGUAUGUCACAAUUCAUACGAUUCGGUUUAUUUGGCAGGCCAGUUCAACAAAUAAUAGUCAGCUCUCGUCUGCACUGCUCAGAAUGAUUUAAAACGCAUGUAUCCUCAGAUUUCGUACAAUGCUCUGUUAAAAGCAAAUUAGUGCAACCAGUUACGGCAUAUGAGGCAGCUUACAGGGCAGUGCUAUUCGUAACAUUUCUCCCAGGGACAUCCGCCGCCCGACCAUGGAAACAGAUCCAGUGAUUUCCCCCAUCCCGACAAUACACAUUCUGCAGUUUACGAUCCCAAGCACAGUGACAAUGCCCAUUCAGUUCUCCUCCGCAUUGACAGUUGCAUCCAUUCCACGGAUAAUGCUUCGCACACAUCGCAUCCACUCCGGAUGAUGUCCAUACCGAUAAAAAGAGCAGCACGGCAAAUGUGACCACCGCUUGCGCCAUUUUGCAGUUUUCUGUAGAAACAACGAGUACAAUAGAAGAGAGUGUAGGACUACUCAAUAACCUUACCCAGACAAUAUUUUAAUCGAUAAUUAAGGCAAACAAAUCAGAGGUAAAAUUAAGGAAGAAGGAAUUUUAAUUGCUGUAGAAGUAUACUAAAUUUCAAACUGGGCCAUCUUUAUUUAUAUCCAUCCGCUCUGAUACUGCAGACUGCAGAUUCAUGGUCAACGACGCUGAGCGCCUCGGCACAUCUACGUAAAUUCUUUAUUCUGUCGUAGACGGGAUAUGCUGACGCACAAUAAUUGUUUGGUUUAGUAAGGACGCUUUAAAAGCUAAAACUGUGAAAUCCACAACAAUAUGUCGUAGACGCUGUCGUUUUUCGUUUUGUGCGGUGAACGGACAACGGUUUACUUGAUAGAGUAACAUGGCACACCCAUUUACGGGCUACUACAGAACAAUAUUGCUCCCUAAAAUGCUGGUUUUGCAGGCUAUUACUCUUGUUUAUGUUACGUACGUAUAAUGCACGUCUGCCGGAAGUAGAGGUUCGAAAUUUCGUAUGUCAGUAAUUCAAAUGACCAGCACUACGAGUAGGUAGAAUGUGUCGUCAUGCUGCAAGUACUGUGCUUACUACAUCGUUCUACUUUGUAGCACCUCUCGCGUACGUUUGUACAAAGCGAUACAGGAAAUUAUGCACUAUAAUAACGCGCUACGCCAAGCUGUUUUACGCGCAUGCAUUGGGCAAAGACUGUUGCAGGCCAAAUUCUAUAAAUAUAAUUCUAUUUUUGCGGAAAAUAUUUUUGCUGAUUCUUCAUAGAUUUCUUCAAAAAUGGAGGCAGUAAAUUGUAGUAACAUAAAUGUAGUGUAGACUGUGUAGUGGCUAUUCACCUAACCGUUAAGCGCAAAUUAGGCGCUAUCUGUACCUUUACGUGUUAAAUUUCCGGAUGCCUUGUACGCCACGGCUUAGCAGGUGAAUUGCGAAUGCAGUUUAUCGUGUGAGUGGAGAAAUGAAUUUUGGUUGGAUUAAUGUAUCGAUAAGCAGAAGCAACCUUGCCAGAAGUAUUGAAAAAGAGCUUUGUGGUUUGUUGGUACCAUGUUGCAUAGCAGGGAUGCUGGUUAUGUCAGAGAAGGAGCGACAUAACUCUAUGCGACCGCGCUCUAUACAGUCCAUAUACAUAUUUUUAGUCGGCAAUAUUUACACCCUAUGUAACGAUGUACAUGUAUGCAUACAUUGUACAGCAUGCAGUCAUUCGGUGUAGUUAUAUCACUAUUCAGGCAGAAGAAGGUUAUUUUUAGUUUCUGCACAACCGCAGAAUGGCUUGUCUGCAUCGCAAUUCAAAAAAGCGAACCAACAUACGGUACUAAGCGUUCCUGUUUACUGCACUGAAGUACUAGCAGAUCCAGAAUCACUACAGAACUUGUUAAUGUACGCAAAGACUUCUGUGUUUUAUAGUGCUAAAAACCUCUGGUUUAUGAUAAAUUAUAUGUAUAUUCCAUAAAUUCUAACAUGUCUGAGUCUAAGCCCAGUAAAUCCAGCAAUCCUGCGGACCGGAAGUCCGAUAAGGCAGACAACCCGAAGCAGGUUGAUGAAUCUCGAAAGUCUGAAUCUGUAUGUUCAGACAAGAGCAAAGGAAAGGAGGAAACAAAGUCUACAAAGACCAACGAAUCUCGGAAAUCACUGGAUACAACAAUAUCGGACAAGGACAAGGACAAAAGCCCGGCAUUGUCCAAAAAGAGCAGCUUCCUCAAACAGCUCGACAGUGCAUUGGGAAGCGGACCACCAUCCAAAAGAACGCGACCGGUAUCUACCGGACUUACCACCAAUGAGGAAGAAACGAAAGGUGAUAUCACGAAAUCAAAAUCCAAUGAGGCUAUCAACACGGCCGUGCCGGAUAAAGAUAAAGAAAUCGAAACAACUCCUAUGGUCAAAAAGACCAGCUUCCUUAAGGAACUGGAUAGCGCAUUGGGAAGUGGACCUCGGUUGCCCUCUGUCAAGGCGCCUCCAGCUGUUUCUACUUCCAGCUGCCAAAAUUCCGAGGAAGAACUUCGGCAUUUACUUGAUGAAGUGAAUGGACUGAAAGAAAAUUUUUCUAGCAAAUUAAAGAACCUUCAAGAGGUACUGAGUGCGCAGGUGGCCAAAAUCGAUGCUUUGGAGAAAGAGUGCAAAGAGCUAAAAAAGGUCAAUACAAAAUAAAUGCUCUUUGUAUUCUGUGAUUCGCCUGGGUUGCCGAACUACCUAAUCAACUGCGAUUUCUGCAUGCGCAAAAUAGGUUUGGUCAGUUAUGUAAUGGUCCACAAUAGUAGAUUAUGGAGUCCAGUACCUAUUACAUUAUUAAACAGUAUAAAGUUAUAAUAGAAACCGAACCACAUGAUGGUCUGAGUUUGUGCUCACUGUUGGAAACUAUCAUCGUA